CUCCACCAGUCACAGGCCUCGGAACAACUAUCGACCGUCCCGCAAAUCUUAUCGGCACCGCGUGUUGUGGCUCAACCGCCGCAAAGCAGUCCUGCAUUCCAAGCGAUUGGGAACAUGUUCGCUCCCAAGACUACCGCGCCUGCUGCAGGUGGGCUAACUAUCAGCACCACCGCGACGCCCUUGUUUGGCAGCGUAAACACUCAAAACACAUCCACCGCGGGAUCGGGCACAACAGCCACCCCAAGUCUCUUCGGCAACACCACCUCCACAGCACAGUCAAAGCCAGCAACCAGUUUAUUCGGAAACACCCAACAGUCAUCAACCACGGGAUCAAGCAUGUUUGGCAACCAGCAGCAGCAGAGUGGAGCUGCUCCAGCCCCGAGCAUGUUUGGUGGCCAGCAACAACAACAAACUGCGACAAGCACAACCCCAAGCUUGUUUGGUGGCCAGCAACAGCAGACUGGAACAACCACCGCCACCCCAAGCUUGUUUGGGAGCACCACAGCCACGGCGACCACACAACCUGCCGCGCCAUCCAGUCUCUUCGGAAACACGGCAACUCAGACUCAGGCAAAGCCUACAUUCAGCCUGGGAGGCACCACUACUGGAGGAGGCCUCUUCAACACUACUCAGCAACCUCAGCAACAGCAACAGCAACCCGCGAAGCCUUCACUCGGCGUUUUCAGCAAUCCAGGCGCAACUCAAAGUGCUCAACCCUCCCUGCUCGGACAAAGUACCGCAACGGGGACAGUUGUCCAGGGCGUGAAGGUCGAUGUCAGCAACCUACUUCCCACUACCAAAUUUGAGAGCUGUUCCGAUGAACUUCGUCGAGAGAUUGAAGCCAUCGACAAUGCCAUUCUUAAUCAAAUGAAGCUAUGCCAUGAAGUUGCAGACAUUCUUCCCACCAUCGAGUCGCAGGGCGCCUCAAUUCCCAAUGAUGUGGACUUUGUGCAAGGCAAGCUGGAGACCAUUCAACAUGCCUUGGAGAAUGAUGCCAAUGAUAUCGACCAGCUGCGCGGCCUGGUCACCCGGGAUGCCGCCGAGGCUCAGGUUGCAUUCCGCGCCAUCGAUACCCUCAAGCUGCCCCUUCAGUACCAGACACCCGGCGGUGGUGGCUGGUGGUCAAUGCAGGACCAAAAGGUUGCCGAUCGAUCCUCUCUUCGGUCGACUCGCAAGAACACCCUUGCGCUGCCGGAUGACGUGGAAGGAGAUCCGGCUACUGCCAAGAGUGUGAACGGUGUUCCCGUGAACCUGGUGGACUACUUCUCCCAGCGCUCGGACGAAAUGAGCACUGUUCUUGACCGCUACAAGGGUACCAUGAAGGAGAUUGAAGAUCACCUGCACGGCGUGGAACUCUCAUUGAACCGACAGAUUAACGACUUUGUCAGCAAGUCUCGUGAUGGGGCGAGUGCCGGAACUCCCAAGUCAGUCGUCAACGAUCUGGCUGCCGUGCUGGGCGAUGUGGAGGCUGGUAUCAUCGGCGUUGCGUCCCGGUUAGGGAACGUGCAGGAGCAAGUCCAGGAGAUGACGCUCGGCCCAUUGUCGGCGGACAGUCGGUUUGGAUACUGAGGGGGGGGGGACGGAAAGUUGGGAACGUGUUGAGUAUCUGUACACUAAUUCAAUGAAUGAGCUGGCUUUCGGUAUGCAGUGGCAUCGGGUCGGUUAAUGGGUUACGAGAUGAUUUUUCCAGGAAUGGCGUAGGUUUCAAGUAAGCUGUACGAAGCAACGAAGUAGAGCAUAUUUCAUAAUGUUAAAGGAC